GAGCAUUUAAUGUCAGGCUGCUUGGUGUAUCUCAAGGGCCUGGGCAAGAUUUGAACUGGGGAUUUCCGGGCACAUACCACCAAAACCCAUCUGGCCGGCGGCGGUGGGGCAAGGAAAAGAAAGGAAGCGACAUGCCCGAGCCGCGCUGCUGAGGAGCCCGAGCCGAUCUGCAGAGUUUGCAGGUCAUUAGUGCUGCACCAAACUCCCGGCGAGGCAAUCACUCUAGCCCAGAAUUAAGUCGCCAUGGACACUAACAUUGCCAAACACCAGCUCAGCGUCAUAAAAAAUCCACCUGGAUGGGAAGUAGGUGUCUAUAUUACUGGUGCACUGGUUCUGCUGGGAAUAGCUGGAGUGAACUUGUGGAAGCUUUGGAAAUCGGGCAGCUAUCCCACACCAUCUCCAUUCCCAAAUUAUGACUACCGAUACCUCGAGCAAAAGUAUGGGACUACAUAUUAUCAGAUCAAGCAAAAGAGAGCUGCAUGCAGCUUCCGAAAAGCAGGAGAAAGGACAUCUCCUGUGCGCAAACCGAGUCUGAAAAUGGAUGACACUUUCGAAAACAUUAAUGAAUUAGGCACUCUGGAGCUGAUGAACAAAGAGCUUGAGCUAGCUCCCUAUGGGCCCCUGAAAAAAUCUGUCUCUACUGACUCCCUGAGUUCGAUCUCCUCCAUUGGGAAUAACUUUGGCCAGGAGUUCAUGGUGGGACAAGUGGAAGUCAACAUGGAGUACAAUGUGAACUCCAACACCCUGCAUGUCACACUGCUGCAGGGGAAAGACCUCAUGGAGAAGGAAGAUGUUAAUUUUGAAUCCUGCUUUGUACGCAUUAGUUUGCUUCCGGAUGAACAAAUCGUUGGCAUUUCUAGGAUUCAAAGGAGUGCCUACUCUGUCUUUUUUGAUGAGAGGUUUUCUAUCCCUUUGGAUCCUUCUGCGUUGGAGGAAAACAGCCUGAGAUUUUCUGUCUUUGGGAUUGAUGAGGAUGAAAGAAACAUCAGUACCGGUGUAGCAGAACUGAAGUUGUCAGAUUUGGAUCUCUCUAUCCGGCCUUUCAACGCCUGGCUAUACCUGCAGGACAUGAACAAGGCAACUGAUUCAGUGGGUGAAAUCCUGCUUUCUCUUAGCUAUCUACCAACAGCAGAGCGAUUAACAGUAGUUGUUGUUAAAGCCAAGAAUCUCAUCUGGACCAAUGGCAAAGUGACGGCAGAUCCUUUUGUCAAAGUGUACUUGCUGCAGGAUGGGAGGAAGAUCAGCAAGAAGAAGACUGCAAUGAAGAGGGGUGACACAAACCCAGUCUUUAACGAGGCCAUGAUUUUCUCAGUGCCAGCAAUUGUCCUUCAGGAAUUAUCCCUUCGGGUGACGGUUGCAGAAUGUUGUGAAGAUGGAAGAGCUGAAAACAUUGGCCAUGUUGUCAUAGGCCCGGCUGCUGGUGGCAUGGGCAUCACACACUGGAACCAGAUGCUGGCCACCUUGAGGAAGCCUGUGUCCAUGUGGCAUCCACUCCGGCGAAGCUAAGGCCAUGCUUGCUCCUCACUGUGAAUAAUCCAGCACGGUGCCUAAACUCUUCUAUCAGGCAGAUGUUAUUGGCAAAAGAAGUUAAAGAGCAAAAACUAUUUUUGCCAAGUAAUCUUCAUAAAUCAGAAUACAGCAACAGGAAAAGGAAAAGAAAAAAGACCAGUCGCCAAAUGAGACCACAUAAGCCUUGGGGAAGCUUCAGAACUGAAAGCAUAAGACCCGAAGCCAUCUGAGUACAAAAGCAUGCCCUGCAGUAGCUUGUGGACCAAUGGAGUGGUCUUUUGGCUCCAUCAUUGUAACAUCACCAGCUUGGAGAACCAAUUGUUAUGAAUUUAUUUUGUAUUACGUUUUGCAGUUCUGUGUAUUGGAGGGGAAAGCUUGUGGCGUAUCACUCACUUUGAAAAGAUCUUGUUUUGAAUUAGGUAUGGUUGGAGUCACCAUUUUCUAUCUCAGUCUUUGUUGUGCUUAUUGGAAAGCAUAUUCACUUCAGAGGAACGUGAUAUUACAGGAUAUGACAUCCAAAGAAAUAUACACAAUAUCACAACCUCUUGUGAUCAUAGAUACAUGUAUCUCCAUCAUAGUAUAGAUUAUGGAACAGUAGCCAUAAUCCUCCAGCAAAGACAGCCAGGAGGCCAACAUAGGGCACAAUGCUAUGUAUGUUUUGACAGAAAAAUGUCUUAUAACAUCCAUGACUGGCUAGAGAAUGUUUGGAAUUGUAAGACUUUUUUUGCCUCAACAUAGAUAGAACGGAACCCUUAAGUUAUUACUAUUUUUUGGUUGAAUGAACUUUUACAGGCAUUUUAGUUACCUACAUAAAGUGGACCAGUUGCUUGCAUUUGAUGAAAUCAGCUGUUACUACAGAGGCUCAUGCUACAACAGAUUAGUCAUGAAGGUGUUUUAUUCAUCAUGUAGCAUUUAUGUGUUCACAGUAUUGUUACUCUGCUCCUCAAUCAGCAGCUGUUGCAGCAGGUUAAAAUUAAUAAAAGGAGGUCAUCCCUG